AUGGGCUGCACACCUUCUCGUAGUGAUAUUGCUGAGCAAAAUGCAAAUCAUGGAACAAAAUCAUUGCAUAAAGGUAUCCUGCCAAUUAAUCCAGGGGGUGAAGGUUUCUCACUUCCAUUGCUGAUCAAAAGCGCUUCUUCUUACGAUACUGAAGACUUCUGUCGGGGAGAGACUCGAAUUAAAGAUCACUCCAUUGAAAAUUCCUCAGAUGACAAAAAUGUCAAUUUCCAUUCUUCAUCUGAGGAUCCUUCACUACCUGAGCUUGACUUGGAAGAGAAGGAAAUGGAAAAGGCAGUCUCAGAAACUGAAAUAGCCAUAUCUGAACUGAUGGAGACUGACAAGUAUGUGGCAGAGGAUAUUACAAUCAAAAAGCAAAAACCUUCUGCAUUGGAAAACCAUGGUUUUAUUUUGGAAGACAAAAAUGACAUCCAGGAGAAGCAAAAUGCAAAGAAAGGGAAAAAACGGAACAAGCAGGGUAAACAGGGUCGUCAUGGCAAAACGAAAGAAAAAUCCAGUCCAUCUGAACAUGAGGGUGAGAAAAAGGUAGAUUUCCCAGAUCUGCUUGUUAAGGCACAUCAAAAUGCUUAUGCUUAUCUAAACCCCAAUCUUUCUAAAUAUGAAGUUAUCUUGUGCAUGGCCAACCAGGCCACUGAAACGCAGUUAAUUAUGCAACAAAUGGUGAGCUUUUUACUUCUUCGUUUUGAUGAAAUAAACCAUCUUUUGGAAGAAAUUGCCCAAGAUGGAGAAGACCUCGUCAAAGAAGUAGGGGAGAACCUGGCUUGGCCAGCUGGCAAAGGGAACCCAAAUGAGCAUCCAGAUCUCCUACAACAGUUGCUGCAGUACACAGUCAACAAAAUGCAGCUUUUAAAUGGAACCGUGGCUUCCUUAACUUCUGAUGCACUCCAGGAGUCCUGCAGCUUUUUACAGUCUGCAGGUAACAACCUAGAAGAAAAAUUGAAAGCAAAACAAGUUUUUGAUGAACGAUUGCUCAGGAUGAUAAAACUCCUUGAAAUAUCUGCUGUUGGUCCCUCUCAUCCUCACCCUGAUGAUAUGACUCUUUAUUCUGAAGACAGUGGAAUAGGUAUUGACACAGAAUCAGUCAAAGACUUGAAUUUAAUGGAUAAACAGGGACUACAAGCAAAUUUUGCUUCUUGUUCACAUGUUCAUUCAUCCCUGAAUCAGACCAGGAUAUCAGGAGAAAGCCAGUGGCCAUGCACCUCAGUAUUUUCUGCAUCCAGGUCCCAUGAUUGUGCACUAGAAAGACAAUUUAAGGACAUAUUUUUCCCUCCUGCGCACACCAAGGAUGCAAUGCCAUCUUCACAGGUAGUACCAGAAAAUGUUAACACCCUUUUCCAACAUCAAAACAUCAUGGAAACUCCUUCUCUUAACUCUGUGCCCUGUGAUGUUGCUGAUGAGAAUGUGGAAUGUGAAUCAUCCCAUGCUUCUGCAUAUGAAGACAGUGAUGAUAAUAGCUUGUCUGAGGAAGAUGGAGACAAUAUAAGUCUGUCUGAAAACGAUGCUUUACCUAAAAGAUCAGCAUCUCUACCUACAGCAACAGCCAGUAAACGGAGGCCUUCCACCAAGCAGACAGACAGCCAGGAAAAUGAAGAGAUUAUACUCAAGAUGAAAGAUGCCAUUAGUGAAAAGAUCAAAUUUGUCCCAGCUAAAUCUGGUAAAAGGGAAUGGAUGGAAGAUGAAAAUGGAAAGGGACCUCGUCGACCUAGUACAGCAACUGUAAGUCAGAAAUCUCAAGUUAAACAGAAAAGAUCUCGGUCUGAGGAGUCUCUCAAAAGUCACAAUGAGGACCCAACUCUUCUAGAACUUCAAAGGACUCAAAAAGGACUCAGCAAAAGGUUGGAAAUGUUUUACACACUUAAGAGAAACAAGGAAAUAAGUAACUUGGCAUCCUUGAGCCCAAAAGAACCAUCUAAUUUACAGGAUUCUGAGCAUGUUACUCAUAGAUCUUCCACUAAUAAACUGAAAGCAUCUCUUUCUAAGAACUUCAGCAUAUUGCCUAAUCAAGAUAAAGUCCCUUUGUGUAGGCAUGAUCAAAAUGGUAUUAACAAACAAUUUAAUGAAAAGAAAUGUAAAAAGACUGUCAUAACCACCACACCAUCAAAGGAUCUGGCAUCUAAGAAAGAAAAUGACUCUCCUGAGACACAGAAACUGAACAGUGUUGGUUGUACUCCACCUCGUAAAUCUGUAAAAAAGUUAAUUGAAACCUUCAGCUCUCCUGAAAGUCAGCUGCAGCCUACAAGUUUAAGAACUCUGGGCCCAAUAAAAUGUAUCAGAAAGUUUGGACUUCCCAGUAUUACUCCUAGUUUCUCUCUUCCUAAAAGACUUGUGCCUUUAAAUCACAAACAUAGAAUCUUACCUUUAGGGGACAUAAAUUAUCAAAACAUCAACCGAGCAAACAGUACUAUUGGUUCAUUGGCACUUGCAAGUGGAAGUGAUACAAAUGAUGAUACAGAUGAUGACUUAGAAAACCUGCCCCCACCACCUCCUGAAAUGCUAAUGGACAUUUUGCUGGAUUCAGCUGAACCUGUAGAAGGUGCAAGGACUGGAGAAAACUCUUCAGAAGUUACCAAAAACUCUACCAAGAGAAAUGAAAAUAAUAGCACUAAGAAAAUUUCCCAACGAAUGAAAGCUUCCCUAUGUUCUAUUGACUUGUUACCUAGCAAGAAACUCAGCCGUCCCAACGUGAUAGCCAACAAAGCAUCAAAAACUGGUGGAGUGGAUUCCAUACCUAGAAAAUCUCCCAUAGAGAUGAAUUCUAGCCAUUUGUCCAACCAUCACCAAGACAUUCCAUUAGCAUCCCCAAAGGAUCUUGAAAUGGACGAAACAGCAGUUUUGUAUAAGCAGUCCCAUAAAAUCAUUCCUCUUCAAAAUGUUAAAGAAAGUGAUCCAGGAAACAAAGAAUGUACUGCUGCUCCUGCUUUAGCUCAACAGCAAAGCUCUCCUGAUUCACUCCAGAAAAAUGAAAAAAGAACGGGGUUUGUCAGACGAGUGUCUCUAGUGAGAACACCACCUUCAUCACCUCCCAGUGAGAAAAGGCUCUCAAGCCCACCACUGCAUCACAAGCAUACUAAUCAAGCUUCUUCACCCAGAACCCACUGGCAGCCUAGUCCCCCAGCAAACCCCAAGGCUUCAAACCCUCCAACACAAAGAAAACUGCCUUCCCCACCAACUCAACAAAACCUUUCUAGCCCACCAACGACACGCAAACAGGCCUCACCAAUCUCUCGUAAGGUGCCCAGUCCACCAACCCACCACAGAGAAGCAAGCCCAUCUCCUUUCUCAGUGACCCCAUCCCCACCCACGUCCCCCUCCAGGUUGCACAAAGGAUUACAAACCCACUGGGACUCUGGGGACGAACAGCAAUCUCCCUCCCCAAAGAUUGUCAGCAAUGUACGCUCCAUAUUUUGUCCAGCCACUUCCUCAUUGUUUGAAGCCAAACCGGUGCUUCCACCAAACAGCUCCACAGCAGAGGCCAUCAUGGGACAUCCUGAGCUCUCAGCAUUUGUGAGGAGAAACAGCACACAGCUCAGGCAAAAUGGGGACCAACAGAAAAGGAUGGGCUUCAGUGCUACCGGUCCCCAGCCUUUUGUUCGGAGGAGCUUCUCUGACCGCAGGCCAGGAUUCCCACUUCCACUACCAUCGUUUGCUGCAGCUGGCAGUGAGCCUGUGCUUAGCCAAACAAGGUAA